AUGGCUACUCGAAGAGCUUAUUCUAGAAGGAAUGUGAAGGAGAAUGCGGAACAAGAAGCUCAUCCCCAAGAUCUUCAAGUUUCAGUUGAUCGUUUGGCCGAGCAAGUAACUAAUGCAGAGUUUAGGGCUUCUUUUCAAGUGUUGGCUCAAGCAGUGACGUCCCAAGCCAAUAGGGAGGUUGUGGUUGCCAUGAACCCAAAUGUAGGUACGGCGGCAUCUAAAGCAAGGGACUUCGCUAGGAUGAGUUCUCCGGAGUUUCAUGGUUCUAAGUUCAAAGAGGAAAAACUGAAGGAAAAGUCUUGGGAAACAAAGAGGGCUAAGACUGGUGAUGGUAAUUUCUCUCAUGCAAGAUUCGAUGGACAUGGUCGUCCUAGAUUUCGACAGAGGUUUCUUGGUCAAGAUACCUCCAAUGCUCCUCCUAAGUCCAACAAAGAAAGGGUGUCUAACCCUAAGAGUCAAGGAGUGAAUGGUAGUGGAUAUUCAUUGCAUAUGUCUACUUGUGGUAGGUGUGGAAAGAAGCAUGAAGGUAAGUGCCUAGUUGGCACAAAUGGUUGCUUCAGUUGUGGUAAGAAUGGUCAUAAGAUGACGGAUUUCCCAAAGCUCACGGCUAAAGGAAGAGAGGGCAAGCAAGCAAAUCCUAGUGAUUUGCGUUCCAAUGCACCCAAGAAAAAGCGAUUCUAUGCACUUCAGACUCGUGAGCUUAAUAUACUAGAUUUUGAUGCUAUUCUUGGGAUGGAUUGGCUGCACUCAUGUUAUGCUUCAUUUGAUUAUAGAACACGGGUAGUCAAGUUUCAGUUUCUGAAUGAGCCUGUCCUAGAGUUGUAA